UGACAUUUUUUUCAAGUCGUGCUUUGGUACAAAUUCCGAAACACGAUGCACCUUGCCCAUAAAAUCCCCAAAAAGUUUUGGGUGCGUGCUAUAUUUUUUUUCUUGAGAGGAGGGGCAGGAGGCUGGAUCUUGUGUUGUGUUUAAUAGGAUAGCAGCUGUGGUGAUGCAUCAUCUCCGAUUUAUCUGUGGGGUAAACCAGAGGAAGUUAGGCUUGUUAACGAAGGGAGAAAGACGAGAGAGAGAGAAGCAUAGAGGAGAAGAGUCUGUGCAAACAGAAAGAGAACUGCUCGCAACAUGUGGCAACAAACACUGAGCACAUUUUCGACUCGAUUCACCUAAAGGGUGAGCAACAGCCUGGAGGGUGGCCUUGGAGAGAACUGGACGUUACCUAAAGAGAUGGGUUCAGUCGACAUAAGAGCAAAGGAGGUGGUGGACCUGGGGAACAUUGAUGUCUCCUCCACCUGGCAUCACUUUAUGCUGCUGUUCGCUCUUCUUCUGGGGCAGGGGGUCACCUACACUCACUCAGGUCUAAUUGAAUUUUCGCUUGGAAAAUUUCAAGAAAUAUACUUAAUCAAGAAUGUAUCCUUUGAAGCCAUUUUACAGAAUAUUCCAGAAAACGUAACGUACAUCAUCUUUCAAGUGCACACACAACAUACCAAUACAACUAUUUCCUUUAAUAAGAUUUCUACAAGAGAAACGUCAAAAACUGGUGAAGACACUGGCUUGCUCCUCAGGUUGAAGCCUAAACAAAGCACAUCAGUGUUGUAUGUAGAUUCAUUCAAUCAAAGUGUCUCUGCAUCUGCUGCCAUUCUGCCUUAUAACGAGAAAGAUCCGGUACCUGGUGGAUGUAAUCUGGGAUUUGACUUGACUCACGAUCCAAACCUGUAUCUGCAAUAUAAUCUAUAUGAAGCAAUAUUGAAGUUUGUACCAGCUAAUCUUGGUUAUCCCAGGGGAAUAUCUACACCCUCCUGUGAUUUUGAUUCCGGUCAAAACUACAGACUAAGAUACGAUAUCUAUCAGUAUUUCAUGCCAGAGAAUAACCUUCGUGAAGAUGUUAUCUAUACCUUGCUUCCGAAGAUGGCCCAUGUACAGCAAAUAGAAGAAGAUGGCAUUUGGUUGCUAAGUUUGAGUUCACAAGAUAAGAAGAGUGUGACCUUAUCUUCUAUCCCAGGCCAAGGGGUGAUUUAUAACAUUAUUGUCAGGGAUCUAAUACUAAACACAUCUGCACCUUAUAUACCAGUUCAUACGUAUGCCUGCAGCUUCACAGCAAAAAUGGACAAUUGCUAUACUCUAAAAAGAAUAUCGACAAGAAUACUUUUUGUGUCUGUUGGAUUUGCUGGAUUAUUUAUAUGCUUCUUUGGGCAUAGAUUUCUGAAAGUUGAAUUAUUCUUCAUUGGAUUCAUCUUGUCAAGCUUUUUGUUCUUUGUUUUGAUUACAAGGACAACAUCCUUGGAUUAUGAUAUCCGUUUGGGCCUGGCAGCACUUGUAGGGUUUGUUGGUGGCAGCCUGUUGCUGACGUGUUGGUGGAGAUCUGGAUCAGUUGUCUUCUGUAUGGCACUGGUGGGAUUAGUGUUUGGAUUUCUAUGUUCAUCUUUGUUCUUCUUUACACCGUUCGGAUAUUUGAAGAUUUUUCAUGUUGAUUCUAUCUUCUGGGUGAUAUUCCUAUGUGUGGUUCUUCUUGUACCUCUGCCUUUCAUUAAAUAUCCAAGAGCACUGAACAUAACAACCUGUGGAUUUGUUGGCUCCUACGCUGUUAUUUUAGCCAUCAACAGUUUUGUUUACACCAGUCUCGCCUAUAUCACACUGAAUAUUAUCAAGCGGGCAUUGAAUGAUAAUUUCAACACAGCCUAUACUAAUGUACCCUUCCAGAUGCUUGACUAUAUUAUGCUAACUGUAUGGGUUGUCUUGUUCGUAAGUGGUAUAGUGCUCCAAUUUCACAGAGAAAGAAACCAACCUUUGUUCCCAUCAAAUCCAUAUGAAACCUGGAAGCGUGACCGAGAGCGCAGACAGACCAACAUUCUUGACCCAAGCCACCAUAUUCCACCACUGAAAGAACGAAUGAAAAGCUCCAUGACACUUCUUACACAGGUCUUUACAAAGGAGCCAUCAGCAGGUGAAAGCACACCAUUGCUCUUAUAAGAUCUGCAUUGAUUUGGUACAUGAAGAAGUGGCAUACUUAUUUUUCUGUAUGCAAACAAUACCUUUAGAUAACCAUAUUUGUGCAUUUACACGGAGUGAUAUUCUGAUAUGCUGGUUUAUCAAGUUGCACAAAAAAUAUUUAUUUACAUUCAGAUUGUGUUAAUGGUCUAUCAGUGCCUUAAGGGAUUGGAAAUCAGUGCUUUAUUUUCACUACCAGAUCCCACUAUUCAGUUGGACUCCAGUUUAUUGGCUACUCAAUGGAUAAUUAAUCUGCAAUUAACUCUGCAUUCUAAGAUGUUUACAUUUAAAAUCCUUGUAGUCCCGAUGGCCGUUGUGUAGGAAUGCACAGGAUGUAAUCUAAUUCACUGUUAGUUCUAUCUCUUAUGGUAGGUCAAACACAUUUCUCUUCAUACUAUAGUGAUGGUGCCAUAUCUUGAGAAACUCUGUAUGAAAGAAAAUUUCCAUUUAAAGCAUUAAUGUUUGGACCACAUUGUAGUUUCAUUACUGAAUAGUGACAAAUGCAGUUAUAUUAAGUUUUACCAAUCUUUAAAACUAUUUUGAAGGCUUUCAAAUGAUGCACUGUAUUUAAAUACCUCAACAAGUUGUAGAACAAUGUUACAUUUUCUGAUCCAGAAAUUAAAUGCAAUUUAUUUACAAAAGUUUUUAAAAAAAAAACUUGAAUAUUCUUGCCUUUUAAUAGUUCAUCAAUCCACAAUAUUAACAAAGUUUGUACUCUCAAACACUUUAGAACAAAUCAAUGGGUAAUUUGAAAGGGGGUGGGGGGGAGGGGUGCGGUUAGAGUGAUUUCAUUUCUAGAGCUACUGUAUCUUCAGUCCAGGCUGGCCUAUCCUGGUGUUAUAGCGACUCAUUUUUUAAACCGUUAAGAUUCUGAAGCCAUAUGAUACAGUUCUGAAGGAUAAAGACUCCUUUUUGUUUCUACUGUAUUGAACUAGUCCAUAUGGGAUAUGUGAGGAGUGGAGAAAAAUGUGGACUGACCCAAUUUUAAUUUUUAAAACCUCAUCCUUUCUCUCCUUGUCUUAAGCCCCCCGCCACCCCACACCCACCACCACAGUCUAUUCAACAUCUUAAAUGUAGUCCCACCUUUCCCAAAUCUCUAGUGUAAUUUAUGAAUGAAGCGCCAUUUACCGCCAUUUUAAGAUUCAUAGUGAAUGUCGUUCUGAAAUCUGGUGCGUUGCAUUUGAAACUACAAAGGAAUUGUGAAAUGAAUGUUUGCUAAACGCUUCUAUUGUGUUCCCACCUUGCUUACUGCCUACAUCCACUCUCUGAAUCUAAUACUGGCACUUUAUUAAGAGAAUGAGGAAAAUAAUCUGCUGUAGAUCUGUUACAAAUAUCCCAUGAUUGAGAAAUGAUUGUAAUAUGAAUAAAUGAAGCAAUCUUGCAUUAUGUGUAUAUUUUAUAUUGAAGAUGUAAAUAAAAAAAAAUUCCA